GCUAAAUAAAUAGCUAGCUAGCUAGCUUAGCUGGCGGAGCUCGCUGCGGGAUACUGCAGUGCCUAACGUUAAUACAAAUAACACCAAAGGUUUCUACUUAAGCUUGCGGUGUAGAGCCUGAAAUAAAUCUUUUGAAUGAUUUUUCCUUUGACUUCACAAUGCCGAUGCGGGCACACGUAGAAAUGAUCUCCACCGAGAUAUGAGUUAGGCUGGCGUAACGUUACAAGUUUUUAGCUAACGUUAGCUAGGUUAAUGAGCGAUAUUUCGCUUGGAUGAACUGAACAAUAAUCACAUACUGCAAACUGGCCAGAACCCAAUUUCCCCACAUCUGAAAUUGGGUAACGAGAGUAUGUCGGACUCAGACAGUGAAGAGGACCAAGAUCGCCCUUUCUCUCUGACUGGCUUCCUCUUCGGGAACAUCAACGAAGAUGGACAGCUGGAGGAUGACAGCGUUCUGGACAAUGAGUCCAAAAAGCAUUUGGCUGGUUUGGGUUCACUCGGCCUGGGCUCGCUUAUCACAGAAAUCACUGCCAAUGAUGAGGAUGAUCAAGAGGACAGCAGAGACAACACUAACGUUGAUGCAGCGGGUUGGGUAAAAAGUACAGCAGAUGCAGUUGAUUACUCUGACAUCAGUGAGGUUGCUGAGGAUGAGACAAAGAAGUACCGUCAGACCAUGGGGUCUUUGCAGCCAAGCAGGAAAACAGUCCUAGAUGAUGAGGAUGACUAUGAUGCUGACUGUGAGGAUAUUGAUUCAAAGCUUAUGCCUCCUCCGCCACCACCAAGUCUUCCUAUAGCUGCUAAGAAAGAGGAACUCUCCUCAGAGAGCCCAACCGUUGGGGAAGAGGGUGAUGGCAUUAUCCUGCCCUCCAUCAUUGCACCAUCCUCUACAGCUGAUAAGGUUGACUUCAGCAGCUCGUCGGACUCUGAGUCAGAACCUGACCGACCCUGCCCGGGCCUGGGGGAUGGCCCCCCAGAUAUGCUCAACCUUCCUCUUGCGGGCAUCAUGCAGAAAGAUGCUGCCAAAGCACUGCCAGGUGUUACAGAGCUAUUCCCAGAGUUCAGGCCUGGAAGGGUCCUCCGAUUUUUGCGGCUGUUUGGUCCUGGAAAGAACAUGCCAUCCGUUUGGAGGAGUGCCCGCAGGAAGAAAAAGCGGAAGCACCGCGACCAUCAACCUGGGACGCCUCCCCCAGAAGGAGAGCCAACAGAACAAAGCCAGGAGCAGAAGUCUGGAUGGCUUUAUGAGUAUGCUCCUCCUCCCCCCCCAGAGCAGUGUCUCUCCGAUGACGAGAUAACUAUGAUGGCUCCGGUAGAAUCCAAGUUCUCACAAACCUGUGGCGAUGCGGACAAGGAGGCAGAGUCUCGACCCAAAGUAGCAGAAUGGAGAUAUGGUCCAGCCCAGCUCUGGUACGACAUGCUAGGCGUCUCAGAGGAUGGAAGCAACUUCCACUACGGCUUCAAGCUGAAAGAAGAGCAUACCGGUGAGCUUCAGCAGCGGGACACGCCUGAAGAAAUAAGAGACGCUGCUUGUGAGUUUCAGAGGCGGAUGAAUAGCGAUAACGAUGACAGUGAUGAUGGAGAUAAGGAACAAUCAGCCCUCGAGAAUGAGCUCUUCCUGAUGGUCACUCAGCUGAAAUGGGAGGAAGAUAUCAUCUGGAAUGGGGAGGACGUAAAACACAAGGGCACAAAGACUCAGCGGGCCAGCCUGGCAGGAUGGCUUCCUUCUAGCAUGACCCGCAAUGCCAAUGCUUACAAUGCACAGCAGGGUCUCACAAGAAGUAAUUCUCAGUUGGUGCCACCCACGCCUCCACCCAUGCCCAAAGUGUCUUCCAUCUCCGGCUCCAAGCGGGAAAAAAACAGCCAUGAUAGUCACGCUUUUUCGGAAGAAGACUGUCCUUGGUUCUCCAUUUUCCCAAUCGACAACGAGGAGUUAGUGUAUGGACGCUGGGAAGAUAACAUUAUCUGGGAUGACCAGGAGAUGGAUCGCAUGCUCAUGCCACCUGUUCUCACACUGGAUCCCAAUGAUGAAAAUAUCAUUCUAGAAAUCCCUAAUGAAAAGGAGGAGAUGACUUCCCACUCCCCAUCAAAAGAGAAUAAGAAGGAAACGGCAAUCAAAAAGAGCCGCAUCCUGCUGGGGAAGACUGGGGUGAUAAAAGAUGAGCCACAGCAGAACAUGUCGCAGCCUGAAGUGAAGGACCCCUGGAAUCUCUCCAAUGAUGAGUUUUACUAUCCUAAACAGCAGGGUCUGAGGGGAACGUUUGGUGGAAACAUCAUUCAGCACUCAAUCCCGGCACUGGAGCUGAGGCAGCCUUUUUUCCCCACUCACAUGGGGCCCAUGAAAUUACGGCAGUUUCAUCGACCGACUCUGAAAAAGUACUCCUUUGGACCUUUGGCUCAACCAGGGCCCCACGCUGUCCAGCCACUGCUCAAACACAUUAAGAAGAAGGCCAAGAUGCGAGAGCAGGAGCGCCAAGCAGCGGGAGGAGGAGACAUGUUCUUCAUGCGAACCCCACAGGACUUGACAGGAAAAGAUGGAGAUCUGAUCCUGGCGGAGUACAGUGAAGAAUACGCCCCUCUCAUCAUGCAAGUUGGCUUGGCCACUAAGAUCAAAAACUACUACAAAAGGAAACCUGGAAAGGAUCCUGGAGCACCCGACUGUAAGUAUGGAGAGACAGUGUACUGCCACACGUCCCCGUUCCUGGGUUCUCUUCAUCCUGGACAACUGCUUCAGGCAUUUGAAAACAACCUCUUCCGUGCUCCAAUCUACCUGCACAAAAUGCCACAGACUGAUUUCUUGGUCCUACGAACGCGACACGGCUACUACAUCAGAGAGCUAGUGGACAUAGUUGUAGUGGGUCAGCAGUGUCCGUUAUUUGAGGUUCCAGGGCCCAACUCCAAACGAGCCAACACUCAUAUCAGAGACUUCCUACAGGUGUUCAUCUACCGAUUGUUCUGGAAGAGCAAGGAUCGUCCGCGGCGAAUUCGCAUGGAGGACAUAAAGAAAGCUUUUCCCUCCCACUCUGAGAGCAGCAUCAGGAAACGACUAAAACUCUGUGCAGACUUUAAGCGCACAGGUAUGGACUCUAACUGGUGGGUGCUGAAGCCGGACUUCAGAUUGCCCACAGAGGAGGAGAUCAGGGCCAUGGUGUCUCCUGAGCAGUGCUGCGCUUACUACAGCAUGCUGGUGGCAGAGCAGAGACUAAAGGAUGCUGGAUAUGGUGAGAAGUCCUUCUUUGCUCCAGAGGAGGAGAACGAAGAAGACUUUCAGAUGAAGAUUGACGACGAGGUACGGACAGCGCCUUGGAACACCUCCAGAGCCUUCAUUUCUGCCAUGAAGGGGAAAUGCCUUUUGGAGGUUACCGGCGUGGCGGACCCUACAGGCUGUGGAGAGGGUUUCUCCUACGUCAAAGUGCCCAACAAACCUACCCAACAGAAGGAUGACAAAGAGCCGCAGCCUGCCAAGAAGACCGUAACUGGGACGGACGCUGACCUGAGGAGACUCUCGCUGAAGAACGCCAAGCAGCUGCUGCGCAAGUUUGGUGUUCCAGAGGAAGAGAUCAAGAAGCUCUCCCGCUGGGAGGUGAUUGACGUGGUGAGGACCAUGUCCACCGAGCAGGCGCGUUCAGGCGAGGGACCCAUGAGCAAGUUUGCCCGAGGCUCUCGUUUCUCCGUUGCGGAGCACCAGGAGCGCUACAAGGAAGAGUGCCAAAGGAUCUUUGACCUGCAGAACAAAGUGCUGGAGUCGACUGAGGUGCUCUCCACGGACACAGACAGCAGCUCAGCGGAGGACAGUGACUUUGAGGAGAUGGGGAAGAACAUUGAGAACAUGCUGCAGAACAAGAAGACCAGCUCCCAGCUUUCCCGAGAGAGAGAGGAGCAGGAGAGGAAGGAGCUGCAAAGGAUGUUGAUGGGCGAGGAGAGCGAUCGUGACCACAAGGGGCGGAAGGAGCGGCGGAAAGGCUUGUCCAGCUCAUUAUCCACCGGCUCCCACAAAGACGACGACACGUCAUCAGUCACCAGCCUAAACUCUUCGGCCACAGGACGGCGUCUCAAGAUCUAUCGCACCUUCAGGGAUGAGGACGGCAAGGAAUAUGUCCGAUGUGAGACCGUGCGGAAGGCUUCCGUCAUUGACGCCUACACCAGGAUCCGAAGCACCAAGGACGACGAAUUCAUACGAAAGUUUGCCCUCUUUGAUGAGCAGCACAGAGAAGAGAUGAGGAAGGAGCGCCGGCGUAUUCAGGAGCAGCUGAGGAGGCUAAAGAGGAACCAAGAGAAAGAUAAGAUCAAGGGACCCCCAGAGAAGAAGGCCAAAAAGGUGAAAGAGAGGCCGGACCUCAAAGUAAAAUUGAAGUGCGGCGCAUGUGGAGCCAUUGGACACAUGCGAACCAACAAGUUCUGCCCGCUGUACUAUCAGACCAACGCCCCACCUUCCAACCCAGUCGCCAUGACUGAGGAGCAGGAGGAGGAGCUGGAAAAGACCGUCAUCCACAACGACAACGAGGAACUGAUCAAGGUGGAGGGCACCAAGAUCGUGCUGGGCAAGCAGCUCAUUGAGAGUGCGGAUGAGGUGCGCAGAAAAUCUUUAGUGCUCAAGUUCCCCAAGCAACAGCUGCCACCCAAGAAGAAGAGACGCGUAGGCAACGCUGUGCACUGCGACUACCUCAAUAAACCACACAAGGCCAUCCACCGCAGGCGCACUGACCCCAUGGUGACCUUGUCCUCCGUGCUAGAGAGCAUCAUCAAUGACAUGCGGGAUCACCCGAACACAUAUCCGUUCCACACCCCAGUGAAUGCCAAGGUUGUGAAGGACUACUAUAAGAUCAUCACGCGGCCAAUGGACCUGCAGACGCUGAGGGAGAACGUACGUAAGCGGAUGUACCCGUCGAGGGAGGAGUUCCGUGAAGCGGUUGAAGUUAUCGUCAAGAACAGUGCCACCUACAACGGGGCUAAACAUCCAAUAACACAGGUAGCACAGUCCAUGCUGGACCUGUGUGACGCUAAACUGAAAGAGAAGGAGGACAGGCUGGUGAGGCUGGAGAAAGCCAUCAACCCCUUGCUGGAUGAUGACGAUCAGGUGGCCUUCUCCUUCAUCCUUGACAACAUCGUGACCCAGAAAAUGAUGGUUGUUCCCGAUUCAUGGCCCUUUCACCAUCCUGUCAACAAAAAGUUUGUGCCCGAUUAUUAUAAGGUGAUCGUAUGCCCCAUGGAUCUGGAGGGCAUCCGCAAGUACAUCUCCAAACACAAAUACCAGAAUCGAGAUUCGUUCCUGUCAGACGUCAGUCUCAUACACGCCAACAGCAUCAAGUACAACGGCCCAGAAAGUCCUUACACCAAAACAGCUCUGGAUAUUGUCAAUGUGUGCAAGCAAACCUUGUCAGAGUAUGAUGAGCACCUGACCCAGCUGGAGAAGGACAUCUCUACGGCUAAAGAGGCAGCUCUGGAUGCAGCCGACUUGGAUGGCCUGGAUCCAAUGACCUCCGGGCCCUACACACCGCAGCCUGCUGAUCUGUUUGACAGCGGUGCCUCAGGGAGUCUGCACAGAGAGACCAGCAGCCUUUUCUUUGAGGGACCUCUAGUGGUUGCUCCAGAGAAGAGAGGGGGGCAGGGUCGCCACGGCAGAAGACCCGGGGAGGAAGAGUCAGAUGUGGACAUUGAAGGCUUUGAGGAGGAGGAGGAGGAUGAUGAUGGCAAACCCAAAACUCCUGCUCCUGCAGAGGAUGCAGAUGGAGACCUAGAGGACGAAGAUGAUGAAGAGGACAUGUUGCUGCCGCCUCGCAGACGGAUGCACGACCAGGAGGAGGAGGAAGAGGAGGAAGAUGGAAUGUCUAACCGUCCACCCCAAGCCAGCGUGCUGUACCAGGAUCUCCUCAUGUCUGAUGGAGAGGAUGAUGCCAGUGAAGAGGAGGGCGACAACCCUUUCUCCUCCAUACAGCUGUCGGAGAGCGGGAGCGACUCUGACAGAGAAUUGGAUGUGCGACCUGCACCUCCACACCGAGCGCAGGAGACGGCCCGCAUGGGGAUGGAGCAAGACGAGAGUAUGAUGUCAUAUGAAGAAGGGCCUGAGCCUCACAUGGAAGACAGCAACGUCAGUUACGGCAGCUAUGAGGAGACGGGGAGCCAGAGUCAGUUGCAGCCCAUUAGCUUGGGAAACGGAGAAGACUACGCCAUUAGCGAAGAGGAGGAGGAAGAUGAGGAUGAUGAAGCACGGAGGAGAGGCCCAGCGGUUCUGUCCAAGCUCCAGCUCAGCGAAGACGAGGAGAGUGAGGAAUUCCGAUCCAUAGGGGGAGACAGCGAUAUGGACUCGGACAACUAGUGUUUUAUCCGCAAUAUUCAGAAAACAUUGUUUAUAAUUAGUUUUUAAAUGGAAAAGAAAAACAUAUUGUACAUAUUUUGUAAAUGAUGGUUACUUUUGAAAGCUCUGUUGUACCUACAAUAUAUGGACACACAGCUCAUUGUAAAUCUCAGUUGGACUUUUUUUGUGUUCAAUCAAGUGCUGCGAUGUUCGUCGACAUGGAAGAACGUGUACAGAUGUUUUUACUGGUUCAACUCCUAAGUAGUUCAGAAACUGCUUUUCCUACACCAUUUCCUGAUUGAAAAACGGAUUAAACACACUGAAGUCA